GGGGAGGCGCGGGAGGCGGCAGCGGCCUGAAGCGGCGCGCCCGGAGGCGGCCCGGCUCGGCUUGCUCGGCCAGCAUGGAUAUCCGGAAUUUUUUUGGAGUUAUAAAUGUAGGAAAGAAACAUGAAUGUGACACUGCCAGGAAGAAUGAGAAACCCAAAGACAAGGAAGGCGAGAAGGCAAAAUCAAAGGAAAUCAAGGUGAAGUCUUCACCUCCUGAAGAUGUUUCCAAACAAAGGCAGGUUACCAAAAAGAAGAGGAUAAUCUAUGACUCAGAUUCUGAAGAUGAGUUACAGUUGGUGAAAAAAUCUAGGAAGUCACCAAAUAAAAAACAGUCUUUAAAACCUAGUAAGUUUCUAAAGAAGGACCCUGUGGUUUAUGUUUCAGAAACAGAUGAAGAUGAAGAUUUUGUUCAUAAGAAGGUCUCUAAAAAACCCAAGGAGAACGGGAUGUCAGCAAGCCGCCUUCUAGGGACGUCUGCAGCACCAAAGGCAGAUGCAAAACCGAAAAUACGAAUGAAGCCCUUCUCUCCUGUCAAACUGACACCGACUUCAGUCGUUGAUUAUUUUGGAAUGGGCAGCAUCCAGCGAUCAGAGAAUAAACUGGUGUCAAGCAAAAGGAAAGAACCUUCACCAAGCAGGGAUUCCACGCUCGAGGACGAGGCAAUUGCCAAGCAACUACAGCUCGAAGAGAGUGCAGAGUUGGAGAGACAAUUGCAUGAAGAUGAAGAAUUUGCUAGAACUCUGGCCGUGUUGGAUGAAACUCCAAAGAAAAAAAAGCCUCGAAAGGAUCCAGAAGAUAAACAGGGGAUUUCAACAGCGAAAGCUAAUCCAGCUGAAAUGGAAAGAAAUAAGCAGGCUCACAAAGUGAAACCUCCCAAUUUAACACUUGAUUCAAGAAAUUAUGCUGCAGAGGAUCAUACUUGCACAGAAAGUACCAGGAUACCGCCAGAUCCACACCCAGAGUCUUCUGUUAGGAAAGAGAGCAAGGCUUUGGGGAAUAAGGCAGAGUCUUCAAAAAUCAGCUCUAAAUUGUCAGCUCUGAAGCAAAAAGGAGAGAAUCUCCAAAGAGAAAACGGGACUCCAAAAGUAAAAUCGGUUUCACUAGAGGAGGAGAAGACACCUGAAAAAGAGAAAAUUUCUCCCCAAAAAUCUAAGUCUGUAAGUCCUGAGGAUUCCGAGAAGAAACGAGCCAACUAUCAGGCUUACAGAACCUUCCUUAAUCGAGAAGGUCCGAAAGCACUCGGGUCUAAAGAAAUACCGCAGGGUGGUGAAAAUUGCUUGGAAGGUCUGACGUUUGUGAUCACAGGUGUCUUGGAAUCUAUUGAGCGAGAUGAGGCCAAGUCUCUAAUCGAGCGAUACGGGGGGAAAGUUACUGGUAACGUCAGCAAGAAGACCAACUAUCUUAUUCGGGGCCGUGACUGUGGUGUGUCUAAGUGUGAAAAGGCGUCAGCUUUGGGGACCAAAAUUGUUGAUGAAGAUGGUUUAUUUGACCUCUUACGAACUAUGCCGGGCAAGAAGUCAAAGUAUGAAGCAGCAGCUGAAGCAGAGGCAAAGAAAGCAAAAUCCAAGAGGGAAAAAACGCCGCAGAAGGUUGAAGCAGAAACAAGAGAAAUUAGCCCAGCAGGGGAGGAGCUAGAGGUUAAAAGGAAAAAGCCCUCCCCAGAAAAAGAUGGUGGUGUUAAAUCCAGAGAGAAGGAAACCUCGGAAGCUAGGAGAGGUCUGGUUUUUGAUCAGAAAGCCUUGGUGGAAAAAUGUGCUGCGACGGAUGCUGAGAGUCCCGUUCAGGGGAUCGGUACAGGCAAGGCGGAGGCGUUGCUGUGGGUGGACAAAUACAGGCCCACUUCCCUCAAAGCAAUAAUCGGACAGCAAGGAGAUCAGAGCUGUGCCAAGAAGCUCUUGCGCUGGCUUCGGAACUGGCACAAGAAGGCUUCCGAGGACAAACAGGUAAAAUCCAGUAUGUUUGGGUGCAAAGAGGAUGGUGCUAAUUUCAAAGCGGCUUUGCUUUCAGGUCCGCCAGGGGUUGGUAAAACGACGACCGCUUCAUUAGUUUGUGAGGAACUGGGUUUGAGUUAUGUGGAACUAAAUGCCAGCGACACACGUAGCAAGAACAGCUUGAAGGAGAUGAUCGCUGACUCUCUAAACAACACCAGCAUCAAAGGAUUCUGUUCAGGAGCAUCGACUUCAGUCAGCUCGAAGCACGUCCUAAUCAUGGAUGAGGUGGACGGGAUGGCGGGCAGUGAAGACAGAGGAGGGAUUCAGGAACUCAUCGACCUGAUUAAGCACACAAAGGCUCCCAUCAUUUGCAUGUGUAAUGAUCGGAAUCACCCGAAGAUUCGUUCCCUUGUCCACUACUGUUUCGACCUUCGCUUUCAGAGACCACGUGUAGAACAGGUUAAGGGUGCCAUGAUGUCUAUCGCCUUUAAAGAAGGCUUAAAGGUUCCACCACCAGCAAUGAACGAAAUCAUCUUGGCCGCCAAUGUGGACAUCAGACAAGUUUUACAUAAUCUCAGCAUGUGGGGUGCAAAAAACGAAGCCCUGACUUACGACGGUGUCAGAGAAGAUGCCAGUAAAGCAAAAAAAGAUAUCAAGCUGGGCCCCUUUGACGUUGUCAGGAAGGUUUUUGCUGUUGGGGAGGAAGCUUCUCGCAUGUCACUUAUUGAUAAGUCAGACCUGUUCUUCCACGAUUACUCUCUAGCCCCACUCUUUGUCCAGGAGAACUACAUACAUGUGAAACCAGCUGCCGCUGGGGGCAGCGUGAAGAAACACCUGAUCCUGCUUAGCAAAGCAGCAGAUCGCAUUUGCGAUGGAGAUUUAGUAGACCGGCAGAUCCGCAGCAAGCAAAACUGGAGCCUUCUCCCCAUACAGGCCAUUUAUUCAAGUGUCCUCCCUGGAGAGCUGAUGAGAGGUUACAUGAACCAAUUCCCAAAUUUCCCGAGCUGGUUGGGCAAAUUUUCAUCCACCGGAAAACAUGACCGUAUCCUGCAAGAGCUGUCGAUGCACAUGAGCCUCAGAACACAUGCGAGCAAGAGAGCGGUGAACCUGGACUAUUUGUCCUACUUAAAAGAUGCCGUCGUGAGGCCCCUGUGCUGCCUGGGAACAGAUGGGGUGCAGGAGGCCGUGGCCUUCAUGGAUUCCUAUUGUUUGAUGAAGGAAGACAUUGAAAACCUAAUGGAAAUAACCAGCUGGGGAGGCAAGCCUAGUGCAUUUUCCAAAGUAAAUUCCAAGGUCAAAACAGCUUUCACACGAACCUACAACAAAGAGAUGCACCUCACCCCCUAUUCACUGCAGAUGGUAAAGAAAUCAAAGCGACAAGCGCAGUCUUCUCUGGAUACCGAACUGAAUGAAGAAUUGGAGGCUGAUGAAGUCGAGUUUGAGAACGAGCGACAGACUAUUGAAAACGAUGCGAUGAUUAAGAAGAAGACAAGGCCUGCCAAGCAGUCAAAAGUUGAAAGAAAUGAAGAAACCAAAAAGGGGAAAGCAAAGAAGAAAUCAAAAUGAAUUAUUCAAUUCUGACUAAUAAUACUGACUAGUUGGUCAAACUUUGCUGUCAUGUUACUUUAGGUGGGAGACAAAAGGCUAAAACGUAUGGGCUGGGAAAGCCCCUCUUAGACAGUAUUUUCUUUGUUUUACUACUACUACUGGUACAAAAAUACCACUCUCAAACAAAGCUAAAUGAGAGUAAACACAAUUUACUUUCUGCAUAUUGGUGUAAAGACUAGUUAACAAAAGGACUGGGGGAGUGGGGGCGGCCUUCUUGCGCUCCACCCAUGCAGGGCUCCUGGUAUUUUUAAAUGGCUAUUAUGUCAUCAGAUCUUGUAUAUAGUAUAUAAUAACAGAUCCUAAAUCACAUGUUUCUUUUGCACAUGAGGAAUGCACAGCAUUGUAUAAAGUUGCAAUAAAAAUUAGUAUCGUAUUUUAAACAGUUUUUUCCACUUGA